AUGGCAACCGACAAACAUGCCGACGCCAUCCAUCUCGAGGCCCACGGAGGGGUUGAGCGCCUCAAGGAUGUAGACCUUCGCGAUGCGGCUCUCGCCGGAGGUGCCCUCGAGGGCGCUGCGCAGGAACACAGCAUGGGCGUCCUGCAGGCCCUCAAAACAUACAAGCGCGCGGCCUUUUGGUCGGUCGUCAUCUCCACCACUGUCAUCAUGGAAGGCUACGAUGUGACGCUGCUUGGCUCCUUCUUCGGCUAUCCCAGCUUUCGCCUCAAAUACGGGGCAUACCUGAACGAAGAGAGCGGCUACCAAAUUUCAGCGAACUGGCAGCAGAAGUUCAACUGUCUCGGUGCACUGGCCAACAUCAUCGGUGCGCUCCUCAACGGCUGGGCGACCGCGAGAUGGGGCCACCGACGGGUCUUGAUGGGCACGCUCUUCCUGCUCACGGGGUUUAUCUUCAUCGUCUUCUUCGCGCCGACCAUUGAAAUCAUGCUCUUGGGCCAGUUCCUAUGCAACAUCCCCUGGGGAGUAUUCGCGACGACGGGACCCUCGUACGCCGCCGAAGUCACUCCACUGGCGAUCCGAGGCUACUUGACCGCGUACGUCAACCUGUGCUGGUGCAUCGGGCAGUUCAUCUCGGCGGGCGUGCUGAAGGGCCUGGUCAACAACCCCACGAAAUGGAGCUACAAGAUCCCGUUCGCCAUCCAGUGGGUGUGGCCUGUGCCGCUGUUCGUGGCGGCCUACUUCGCGCCGGAAUCGCCAUGGUUCUUUGUGCGCACGGACCGGCUGGAGGACGCGCGCAAGUCGCUCGAGCGCCUCACCGAGCCGGAACACCAUCACGACGAGAACGGCAGCAUCGACGCCACGCUCGCCAUGAUGGUGCACACCAACAAGCUGGAGAUCCAGGAGCGGGCGGGCGUGCAGCUGUGGGACGCCUUCCGGGGCACGAACCGCCGCCGGACCGAGAUCGCGUGCAUGGGCUUCCUGUCGCAGAUCACCAACGGCGGCGCGCUCUGCUACAGCGGCAGCUUCUUCUUCCAGCAGACGGGCAUCAGCGCCAACGCCGCGUACGGCAUCGCCCUGGGCGGCACGGGCAUCGCCUUUGUCGGCACCAUCAUCUCCUGGCUGUACAUCUACCGCCUGGGCAGGCGGACCAUCUGGCUGUGGGGGUUCGCCUCGCUGGUCGUGCUGCUCUGGCUGAUCGGAUUUCUGGCCCUGCCUCACCAGACGCUCGGUCUCGCGUGGGCCCAGUCCAUCCUCUGCAUCGUCUGGCUGGGCGCCUACUCCAUGUCUGUCGGGCCCAUCAUCUACGUCCUCGUCUCCGAGGUGGGCUCGACGCGCCUGCGCACCCAGACGGUCGUCCUGGCCCGCAGCACCUACUAUGUCGGUAACAUCAUCUGUGGAGGCUUGCUUCAGCCGCAGCUGAUCUCGCCGGGCGCAUGGAAUGCAAAGGGCAAGACUGCUUUCUUCUGGGCAGGCCUCGCCACCUUGACCUUCAUCUGGGGCUACUUCCGUCUGUUCGAGACCAAGGGCCGGACCUUUGGCGAGCUGGAUUUCAUGUUCCAACAUGGCGUCCCGGCCCGCAAGUCCGCCAAGUACCACAUCGCAGAGGAGGAGCUUUACAACGCCGACGACGUCGUCAAGGAGACGGUUAAGAACUGA